GGAGGUGGAGGUAGGAGAGGGCCAAGAGGGCCAUGGAUCCACGUUCGGGCCGAGAGGGGCUAUGUCCCUUUCUCGCCUACUUUCUAAAAACUGCCGCCCCUCCUCGUGCCCAUUUUAGUGGAGAGAACUGGUGGACUUCGGGCGGGGGUGAGGGGAGUGAAUGGCGGUUACAGAGACUCUGAGGAAAGAAAGGUUCCACAAUCAGGGCACUCGUGUCCCGAGUGCUGCUCCGUCCACCAAGCACUCUGUCCCUUAGGUCCCCUAUCUGUCUGCAGGCUUGUAGGUCCGUUGGUCCGUAGGUGGCCGCAAAAGUCACGGUGACGGAAGGAGCAAACUGCCUUGGGACCGUGCAGUGCUGAUCCAUCCACGACACUUUCAGUUCUCCACUGCCAGCUAUCUGCCUUUCCAUCUGUCCUGCUGCCAGACUGUCCGUCAAUCACUGUGGAAGGAGCACUGACAACAGAAGACAAGGGAAGAAGAAGGAAUUUACCUGACUUUGGUAGAGAUUCAGCACAAGAGAGCUACGGGAGCCUGGGAGAGGCUGAAGACAACUACCCUCCACCAUUACUCACCUGGCCCUAAGAAUCCUCUUCAAUCAGGUGGAGCAAAGCCCUCUCCUGUCCUGCCCCAAGGCAGGCACUGACUUGAACAUGGGCCGGGCACGGGAGGUGGGUUGGAUGGCGGCAGGACUGAUGAUUGGGGCUGGUGCCUGCUACUGCGUUUACAGACUAACCAUAGGAAGAGAUGACAGUGAGAAGUUGGAGGAGGAAGAAGAGGAAUGGGAUGAUGACCAGGAGCUGGAUGAGGAGGAGCCCGAGAUUUGGUUUGAUUUCGCAACUAUGGCUCGGCCCUGGAGUGAGGAUGGGGAUUGGACUGAACCUGGGGCCCCCGGUGGCACUGAGGACAGGCCCACAGGUGGGGGCAAGGCCUACAGAACACAUGGAAUAAAACAGCGCCCAUUCCCCUAUGAACAUAAAAACACUUGGAGUACUCAAAACUUUAAAAAUUUCAGUUGUGUUCUUAACCUCUCCAAGUAUCCUUUCAUUCAGGGAAAAAUGUUGUUUGCUCAGCCCAAGGAAGCUGGUUUUUCAUUUAGCCACGAUAUCAGUAGUCACUUGGCCAGCCUCUCCAUUGGUGGAAACACGAUCCCCACAGCGGACCCUGCUGUUAAGGAGAAGGCUUUCUGUGCCCUGGAUAACUUGAAUGCGAGUGUUGAAAAACAGGGCCCGAUUAAGAUGUACAUCAAUGAAGUGUGUCGGGAGACUGUGUCACAUUGCUGCAACUCAUUUCUGCAGCAGGCCGGAUUAAAUUUGUUAAUAAGCAUGACAGUUAUUAAUAACAUGCUUGCCAAGUCCGUUUCAGACUUGAAGUUUCCUUUGAUAUCAGAGGGAAGUGGAUGUGCUGAGGUUCAGGUUUUGAAACCGUUGGUGGGUUUGUCUGAAAAGGCAGUCUUGGCGGGGGAAUUGCUGGGUGCCCAAAUGCUGCUCUCGUUCACAUCCCUCUUUAUCAGGAACGGGAACAGACAGGUUCUCCCGGACACCCUGGCCUCUUAGAUGGCCAUGUCGAACAGAACGGGACUGAAUCCACCCAAAACCUGUUGGGCGAACACACCCUUGUGUUCUCAGUCGAGGCAUCUGCAGUGGGUGCUACUGAAGGUCCAGCCCUCGCCAAUCACCACAUCAUGGGGUGAAAGUUACACUUGCUAACAGGAGGACCACACUCUUAUCGGCCAGGCAGGCAGGGUUCCCACGGAGCUCUGAGUAACCUCUUGGUUUUGCAGUCUGCAGGCAAUGCACAUAGUAAAUUAGUCCCUUGCAGCCUCCUUCCUGUGGUAAAGGGAUCAUUUCAGCUGCCCGCUGUCGAUAAAGAACAUCCCAUUAUAGCGUCACGAGGGACACCUUGCCUGUGUCCCUCACCUUGCCUGGGUCUCCGUGUGUAAGCUGGACUGUUUGGUGGAGACCAGACAGGUAUCGGAGCUUGUGCUGAAAAUGCAGUUUGUAGCUGCUUAGGUUGACUUCUUUUCCAUUUACUCUUUUCUUCUGCGUGAGCUGAUGGAUAGUGAACCUGUUCAUCAAAAAGUACACGCCCCUUCUACGUGCUCUACUGACGUAACCUCAUCCACCCAAGCCUACAUUUGUAUGUAUCAUCAAUAAAGUUGUGUGCUUUGAUUGCCGAAAAGGA